GCAGCGCUUACGCUGUCUUACGAGGCAAGGAUGAACCGAGAAAUCCCUGGUUUCUACUAUGAUCCGGAGAAAAAGAAAUACUUCAAGAUCCAAGCAAACCAUGUUGCACCACAAGGAAUACAGUACUCAAAAGAGUCCAUUAAGCGCAAGCGGACGCAACAAGAGGUUGCCAUCAAACAUAACAAGCGAGUCCAUCUCGACCAGAGAAUAGCUCGUGAGAAAGUCCGCAAAGCAAGUUUUCUACACCAUCCGCUUGUUGGUGCUGACCGGGAAUUGGGUACCCGCAUCUUGUCCUCAUCCACGAGACAGGAACAGGUGGCGCGCUGCUAUCUGAGCCAAGUUCGACGAAAGAAGCUUCAUCAAUUCGAGCCGUGGCCAAAUGACUAUUCCAUUCGGCAUGUCCUCCGAAACCCGCGCUCUGGGGCUUUGAUUGCGAGUGGACAUCGCGGAAACGAGUCAUCAGUAUCAAUAUGUUUUCCGGAUUUUGACGAGAAAAGAUGGACCUAUGACCGCACCAUGGAACGAGUGUUAUUCAAAGAGUCCUACAGGGAUGACAUCCAGCUCUCAUCGAUUUCAUUAAGUCACACCGGGUAUUUAUUGGCCACAAUGGAUAGUGGCCCGGAUGGGGACUCCUUCCUGGCCCCGCGCAUGCUCCCAGACCCAGAUGAAGGCGGCGACUAUCGCUGGCCGGUGUGCUUCACCCAUCCUAUCCGCAUCAGGACCACACCAUCCCUCUGGUGCUCCGCUGCCUGCCCUACAGGCAGCAAAGCCCUCUUCGCUAUCGGCACAUCUGAUGGCCUGCACACGCUCGAGGGACUUGGUAGCCACUGGACGCUCUCCCAGAAACCCUUCCCCCAUGAAAAGAGCCCCGGGAACCAAGGAUUUCGCCGGCAUGGGAACUCCUCGCAUGCCAGUGUUAGCGCCGUUGAAUGGCUCUCGACCGACAUAAUCGCGGCAGGGCUCCGAAACUCCACUGUGUUCCUGCACGACGUGCGCAGCGGUGGUAGCGCCAUGCGACUGCAGCAUCAGCAUUCCGUCACUAAGAUCCGCAAGGUCGACCCAUAUCGUCUUGUCGUAUCUGGCCACAAUUCGCUCCAAAUGUACGACAUUCGGUUCGCGCCGAACGGCCUCCAGCGCAAACCAAAGCCACUCGCCCAGUCUCACACGUCUACUCGCCCCUACCUCUCUUUUCCUGACUACUCACCCGACGUGAUCCCCGACUUCGACGUGAGCACUGAACUUGGUCUUAUUGCAAGUGCAUCCGAUGAUCGCCAAGUCCAACUCUUCUCCAUCAACACCGGCAACCAAGUCCCCUCUCCCCUUUCUGACUACCAUUAUACCCAUCCCAUCACAUGCGUGUGCUUCGAGUCCAGCGCAGACCUCUCCAGUCGGCAGGGUCCCCAAACACCCAGCCUCCUCGUCUGUUCCAAAGCAACUGUCGACCAGUGGAUGUGGUGA